GCUGUCUCCCGCCCUACCCAGCUACUGCUCUCUGCUUGCCAGAAGUCUGCAAUCCCCUGAACAUCCUCCUCAAGGAAGACCGCAUAUUUGAAGCGGGAGAAUACUGUGGAGUAAAUACCUUUCUCUUACGGAAAAUCAUCCGACAUGCCGUAUGCCAGAGCAGUAAGGCAGCAUGGGUGGCCAUUAAAUUGGAACUCUCCGCCCCUUGUGUAUCUCCAAAGAUCCUCCGGAACCAUAUCAACCUUCGGGGGCUAUACGACUCCCUUAUCUCCCACAUCUUACUCCUGCAGGAAUCUCUAGAGGAAAGAGACCUUGAUUAUAAGGAAACGGUAGCUCGCAUAACAGGGGUGCUUGCUCAACGCUUAGUGCACCAUGUUAAUCGGAAGAAAAAAGCCUGCCACGCAUGGGAGAAGAGUUUGUUUUUCUACGACAAGGCACUUAAUUGACCAGCCUUGUAAUAAUGUAGCCGGCAAGGCAGUACUUCGUCGAGUCGAGACCUUAGAGCAAAUACAGAUAAACCGCGAGCUCCCCUUUUGGAGAACAGACGAUGUCUUCAUGACAGCAUUCGCCGUUGGCCGUGAUCCUGAUCGCGCACUACAACAUUGCCGUGCCAUCACGCCGUAUGAUUUUGGUGAGUCAUUUAGCUUGUCUGAAUCCCAAGACGCACUGGAUGGCGGCGGAAAACCCAUCGCAGCUGCUGAGCAAUGCUCCAUCUGCCUCGAAUUUUCUCAGGGUAACGACAAGUUCCUUCGUACACGGAAAUGCAGUCAUAUCUUCUGUGCCGACUGCCUUACAAAAUGGGCCGAUGAAGGUCUUGACAUAAAUGAAGCCUCGCCGAAGUGUCCCUACUGCAGACAGGCCAUAGACAUGGUCGAUCCAGAUGAGCGCUUUGUCAUUUGGAGUGCGUCCGGUCAAGUCGCACGCAUCAGUAUGCGCAAGGCUCUUACUUGGCGGAUGGCUGAUAAAUGCCGGGUCGCCAUGAUGUCCUCUACUGAUGAAGACUUUGCGAAGCGAGUUCGCCGGCAUCGGCGAAUUGGUGAUGCCUUUUCUGAUUCCAGCCAUCAAGCGCAUCCAUCACCUUCUUUUGAAGCAGUCGAGCAGCAGGAUCAGUUAGCAUCUGACGAAAUGGAGGUCGAGGAAGAUGAUUCCUAUGAGGAGUCUGAGGAGGACUCUGAAGAAGUCUCCGAGGAGGACUUUGACGAGCAGUCUAGGUCGGAAUUCGGCGACGGUUACUUCAACGAGGCGAGACCGUAG